AUGGAAGAUUUUGAUGAUGAUUUGGACUACGAACUAUCGCAAUUAGAUUUAUCAGAGUAUAAUCAAGAAUGUAACACAUUAUCGAAUAGUGAUACCCUACAAGUAUUUGACGUUGAUCUCAAUGAGACAAUAUCAAUCGCACGCACCAAAAAUCAUCAUCGAUGGCAGAUUUUAUCUGACAGUGAAGAUGAUCAGAUUCCCAUAUUACCGCCCUCACGAAAUACAGAAGUAUGGUUCAUUCCGUUGGGUAAGCAAUCAAGCAUUAUUCCAUAUACUGAAUGUCCUGGGCUUAAGCCAUUUUCAUUGCGAUCCAGCAUGAGUUCAGCUAAACCAGCAGAAUUUUAUUUAUUGUUAGUACCUGAUAGUAUAUUCAAGUACAUAGCCGAAGAAACAAAUCGCUUUGCUUUACAAACCUUGAACAAAAGUGCAACAAAAUCAUACCGAAUGCAGAAAUGGAUGCCUACAGAUUGCCAUUAA